AUGUCGAGCGAUGCGUUUCCGUCCUGGGAACACCCUCUGGAAGGCGGCAUCAACAACAACCACCACAACAGUGAAGACGCUCGCUUCAUGAACGGAUCCCAUUUGGAUCGAUCACUCAAGGAGAAGAAGCGACAGCCGAGCGUCAAGUUGAAGGAUCCACCGAUUGGCUCUCUCUACCCGCACCGACGGUUGAGCUCGGAGGGUAUCGCCGGCAAUGCUGCCAUUAUGAGUGCAAGUACUCGUGGGGAAAUGCCUAGAAAACUACCACCAAAUCCUCAUAACAGGCGCAAGUCUGAUGGGGAUCCCUUGUUGAUGUACGACAAGGGUGGCAAGGAGGCAACGUUUAUCGUAGACUCUAUCCCCCUGAGCCCAGCUCGCAUGGCCUCCAUGAAGCAGGCACACCCGGACCAGACAAGGGGAGAUAGUACCACUUGUUCGGAAACCAAGUCCGUCUCGGAUGCGUCGUCGUCACUGCAGUCCCCCACCGAGACCAGUAGAGAAAGCUCCUCAGCAGCUUCUUUGGUUCCAGAUCAAGAUGCCUUUCACGAGAUGAACCCGGAUGUCUCUGCUCUGGGUUAUUCCAGGCGAACCCAAGACCACAAGGACGUUCCCCCUGCUACUACUAGGUAUGCCGGUUCACGGCACACCCGGAAGGAUCGAGACGCUCGGCGGUAUGAUCACUCGCCGAGGAGAAAUGAGGCCGACCCACCCCCGCCUCUGUCCCCGUAUCAAGAUCACUCCCAGACAGAUCGGUAUCGACAUGACGGUCCGCCCAACGAGGCAGAUGGCUUUCAUGACAGCAGACAUAGCAGGAAUAGGUUCCAUGACAGUCGGUCUCAGUUCGACGAACAUCAAGAUGGUCGUGUGUACGACCGUGGUGGUGGUGGUGGAGAAUACAACGGUGGUAGAUACCAGAGACGGUAUAGCCAGCGAGGAGCAGGCCCUCGUCAAGAAUACCACCACCAAGACGGCAGCCGCUAUGAUGACGACAACGCUUCGCGUGUGUCUCGCAGCAGCCGCUACCACCAUGCGGGGGAUCGGUCCGUGGCCAGCCGGGGCUACCCCGGAGAAGGUGGUCGCUAUGAUCAUCAUCAUCAUCACCAGGAUCGUUACGACAGCAGGCGUCAACAGCAUGACGACGACAUGUCACAGGUUUCUCGUGGCAGUCGCUACCAUGCGGGCGAUCGUUCCGUGGUCAGUCGCUACCAAACGGACCGGUCCAUUGCCGCGGGUGGUCGGUCGGUCGUCAGUCGAUUAGAUGACGAUCUGGGAUCGCGUCACUCUACCAUGUCUUAUUCGCAUAUGAGUCGCUAUGAGAUGGACAAGCCAACGCGCUAUCACAACGAUAGGCCCCAGCGAUCUUACUAUGACGAUGAGGCCUCACGGAGUAGCGCGCGCUACCAGCAGCAUCAAGGGCACCAGCACCGAGGAGGUCACCACUACGAAGACCGUUCUAGGAGAUCUCACUAUGAGCGAGACGAUGCGUCCCAUUCAAGGUAUCCCGAAGAUCGGCAUCGAGAAGACCCGUAUGCUGGCGGGAGGCAUAGCCGACCCGACGAGCAGGUCAGAUAUCGUGAGGACCCGUACGCAGGCAGCAGGCAUAGCCGCUCUGACUAUCAUGAUCCUCAUGCCGGCAACAGCAUCCGUCCAGAUCAUUACGACGGUCCCGGACACUACGACGGGCCUCCUCGACAACCAGAAGACCCUUACGCAGACCCAAGGUAUAGCAGGCAUCAUGAAGAUUACGACAAGGAAGAUGCCUACGGUGGGCACAGGGAUGACCAUCAUGGAGGCAGCAGGCACAGCAGGAGACCCGAAGACGAUCGAUACUCGAGCAGCAGGCACAGUAGGAGACCCGAAGAUUAUUCUGAGGAUAGGCGAAGAGAUGAUCGCUACGCGGGUAGCAGGCACAGUCGUCGUGAGGAGUAUCCAAGGCAACAUGAGGACAGGAGGUAUGAGGGACGGAGAGGGUAUGGCGAGGACGACUAUGGAUCAAGACACGCAGAGGACGGUCAAGGCAACGAGCGUCCUUCCGGUGUUUCUCCUUUUGCGUCUGCUGCCAGUUCUGACGGCAAGGACGAGGCACCAGAGCGCGAAGUUCACAUUGACAUUGGGUUUGGUACGAAGGCACGUCUUCGCAGGACCAAAGAAACCAUGGAUGCAAUCGCUCGAGAUUUCUAUGCGCCUUGUGUAUGCGUCGCUUGUAGUACUGAUCUUUUCUGCAUAGCGGAUGUCAAAUUCAUUGUGUGCCCCAAGUGCAAGACCAUCAGUCCUGCGGAUGCUGCGGCCACAGGCGAAGGAGGAACAGCAACGUCUUUCAACGGAAGCCCGAUCGAAAGGCGUGAUGUUGGUUUGGGAUUCACUUAUGACACAUUGUACAAGAUGCAGUCUGAUGUGGCACGGGAGAGAGAUGGACGUCGCAAGGUAGCAUUUUGA